AUGUUUACCAGCAUCCUCCCCCUAUUAGCAUUCGCUGCGGCUGCUGUCGCGCAACCCAAUCCAGGGAGAGUGACCGGAGAUAUCUCCGUGCAUGACCCUACCAUUUGUAAGGACGACUCUGGAACUUACUUUAUCUACGCGACGGGUACUGGCAUUCCUAUCCAUACUUCCCCGGAUAGAAUCAACUGGACGCUCAUUGGGUCGGUAUGGCCCGACGGCGCACCGUCAGAGACCAAUCAGUUCACCGGGACGACCAAUGGAGACCUAUGGGCACCAGACUGCACGUAUAGGGACGGCCAGUUCUACCUCUACUAUGCGGCAUCAACCUUCGGGUCGCAGAAUUCUGGCAUAUUCUUUGCCACUUCUCCCACCGGUUUACCAGGAUCGUGGACAGAUUAUGGGCUCGUCACCUCUACUGAGACUGGCGAUAGCUAUAAUGCGAUUGACCCCAACCUGCUUAUUGACGGAAGUAGCUGGGUCCUAUCACUCGGGUCGUUCUGGACGGGCAUCAAAGAAAUGAUGCUUAGCUCAUCAACCGGAAAGCCGAGCAGCUCAGAUGUAAUUUCGCUGGCUCAGCGGACGGCAAACAACGGCGCAAUAGAAGCCUCGGUCAUCUGGAAACAGGGAAGCUUCUAUUAUCUGUUCUCCAGCUGGGACAACUGCUGCGAAGGGUUAAAUAGCACGUACAACAUCCGUGUUGGACGGUCCUCUAGUGCGGCGGGACCAUUUGUAGAUCAGAGCGGUAUUGCCUUGACGGAUGGCGGAGGUACCUUAGUCCUCGGUACCCACGGAUCGAUAGUGGGGCCAGGCGGUCAAGAUCUCAUGGCAGAUGUAGACGGCACCGUCAUGGUUUAUCACUAUUACACCGCCACUACGAGCUUGCUUGGGAUCAACCUAUUGGACUUCUCCUCGGGAUGGCCUGUGGUCGUGUAG